AUGCGUAAAAAACAGAAGCUCCUGCCGGGGCUGUCCGACUUUUUGGUGCUCGUGCUGGUCGCUCGCCUAGCGCUGGUCCUUGGGCAAACGAACUGCAACAACGGCCAGGGCCGCAUACUGUACGAGCGGCUGCCGAACCAACAGCUCCAGGGUUUCGACGAUGACGUCGUGCGCGAUUCGGCGCCCCCGUUUCGGGUGCUGGAAAAGUGUCAGGAUCUGUGCCUGCGGGACCGCACUGCGUCCAACAAUCUGGGACGGGCCUGCACGAGCUUCGACUUCCAGCCCGGCAGCCGGAUCGCAUCGUUCAGUGGGAGCGUCGAGUACGAGGAGUCCACCUGCUACCUGACCCGCGAGCAGGCCGCCCCGGAGGGCAUCGGCAACCUGAUGCUCGUCCCGAACAGUGUGCACUUCACUGAGGUGUGCAUCAGCUCCAGUAGACCGGACCGGGAGUGUCCCAGCAGGCGGUACGUGUUUGAACGUCACCCGCGCAAAAAACUGAAGCUUCCGGUGUCCGACAUCAAGGAAGUGACCGCGGCCAAUCGCUCCGACUGCGAGGACAAGUGUCUGAACGAGUUCUCGUUCGUGUGCCGAUCGGCCAACUUCGACUCGACCCUGCGCAGCUGCGCGAUGAGCCGGUUUACCCGGCGCACGCACCCCGAGCUGCUGGAGGACGAUCCGAACUCGGACUAUCUCGAGAACACCUGCCUCAACUCGGAGCGACGCUGCGACGGGCUGAUCGUGUACGUGAAGGAGGAAAACAAGCGCCUCGGCGGUCCGUUCGAGGUCGAGAUCUUCAACAACAUGACGCUGGAGGAAUGCCAGUCGCUGUGUCUGCGGGCGGAGAAGUACUUCUGCCGCUCGAUCGAGUUCGACGACCAGACGAAGCAGUGCAUCCUGUCGGAGGAGGACUCGGUGUCGCAGAAGGACGACCUCAGCAUUAGCUCGAGCCCCACGCACCACUUCUACGACCUCGUCUGCCUCGACAAUCCAGAGUGCUCCCCUGAACCCCCGAAAACAACGCUCAACGUCUCGUCAAACCGUUUGUCUAUUCCCUGCGACCCCGCCCUCUAACUCCCCACCGCGGCCCACGUGUUCCGUGACCCAUGUCCGCUGGGUGCAGAGCGUGGCUCGGAAUAUCCGGAAACGUCCGCCACGUCCCACCUGUUCGCGAGUGGCCGUCGGCCCGAUACCGCCUUCCAGCGGUACCGCAACUCGCGUCUGGGCGGCGAGUUUCACUCGGAAAUCACUGGCAGGUCGCUGAGCGAGUGCCUGGAUGAGUGCCUGCGGCAGACGAGCUUUCAGUGCCGCUCGGCCGUCUAUAGUGAUCGGUUCCGAACCUGCCGUCUCAGCCGCUACAACCAGCGGGACGGAAUGCGCAUCAUCUACGAUGCCGACUACGACUACUACGAGAAUCUGAUGCCGCACCUAGUCGGCGGCGACACGGACACCACCAAUGGGCGACCGGAUCCGACCGACUGGCGACCUCCGUACGGCGGAGGCAGUGGAGGAGCCGGAGGCGGUAAGUCCAAGUUGCACGGGCCAACCACCCUCAGCAACCAGCCGGUCUCAUGGCCCUUCCCGUUCGCAGAUCGUGAUCGUGAUCGCGACCGUGUGCCGGACGAUCGGUUACCACCGGGACGCUACCCGCCGGGCGAUCGGUACGGACCGAUGGGCCCACGGCCCGACUACGGAGGCGAACCGUUCCCCGGCGGCUACCCACCCACGGAUCGGUAUCCCGGGUCGACGGACCGCUAUCCGGUCGGUCCCGGAACCGAUCGCUAUCCGUCGGGGGGCGGCGGCGACUACGACACCCGCUACCCGCCGGUCUACGACAAUCGCUACCCGGGCGACCGGUACGGUCCCACGGAUCGCUAUCCGGACCGUGACCCCGAUCCGAUGUACCUCCCCGGGGGGCCCAUGCGUCCGUAUCCUCCCCACAUGCCCGACUCACGCUACCCCCCGAUGCCUCCCGAUUCACGGUACCCACCCGGACCGGACUCCCGGUAUCCCAUGGACCGCUAUCCUCCACCAAUCGACUCCCGCUACCCAAGCGAUUCUCGCUAUCCUCCGACGCAACCGGACGCCGGUCGGUAUCCUGCCGGUCCGGGUCCAGACUCCCGCUACCCAUCCCCUGGCGGUGACUCCCGCUAUCCCAGCCAGUCCGCUCGUCCCGAUUCUCGCUACCCAAUGAUGGCUCCACCGGCCACACGCUACCCCCCGCCCCAGUAUGUACCGCACAUGUACGGGUCCGGCAUGUAUCCGGUGGCACCGUCGAGAACACCACCGAACCGAGGCUACCCCCCCGACCCGUACCCACCGCCGGUCCGCCCCAUCGACAACAAUCGCUAUCCGGCGCCGGAAACACGCUACCCACUGGAACCGGCGGCCUCCCAGGGACGCUACCCGCCACCGUCAUCGCCCAACGUUUCUCCGUUCCACAAGUACAUGACUCGCCCGUCCGGUUACGAUCCCUACAUGCCGCCCGGUUACGCACCGGAACGAGGUUAUGUUGACGAUCGCUACGGAGGAUAUUACCCGCCGAGUGGCGGAGGGCGUCUGCCACCGCAGAUGCCCGCGUUCCCGGACCGUGACCGAGGCUACCGGCGGCCGGUCGUCGGAAUGGCACCGGACGGCGGGGGCUAUCCGUUCGAGAUCCCGUACGGCCCGUCGGGCACCGGCUACGACAACACGGUCGGCGGUGGCGAUGGUUUCGGCGGCUACGGACCACAGCGGCCGUACGAGACGCGCUGCGACAACACGGACACCUUCAAGCAGGUGGCGUCGAAGCGCAAGAUGCGCAAACAGUUCAUCCGGCGCACCAUCAACGCCCCGUCGCUCGGCAUCUGCCAGCAGGAGUGUGCCGGGGCGCGAGACUUUAUGUGCCGCAGCUUCAACUACCGCGACGGGGCCCCGUACGAGACCGAGGGCAACUGCGAGCUGAGCGAUCGGGACUCGCGCGAUCUGGACGUCCCGAGCACGCAGAUGUUCGAGAGCGACAGCUCCGACUACUACGAGCGGACUCCCGGUGGCCGCGGAGGAUCACACGACGAGUGUCUCGAUGUCGGCCAAGUUUGCAACGAAGACGGGAUGGAGUUCACCUUGCGCACACCGGAAGGCUUCAUCGGGCGAAUCUACGCGUACGGGUUCUACGAUCGGUGCUUCUUCCGUGGUAAUGGCGGCACGGUGAACGUGCUGCGGAUCAGCGGACCGCAGGGCUACCCGGAGUGUGGCACACAGCGGUAUGGUGACACGAUGACCAACAUCAUAGUGGUGCAGUUCUCCGACAACGUGCAGACGGGACGCGACAAGCGCUUCAACCUAACCUGCAUGUUCCGAGGACCCGGCGAAGCGGUCGUCACAUCCGGUUACAUCGGUGCAGGAUCCGGUAGCCCGAUCCCGAUCGAGUAUCUGCCGGCGGAAAACUCGAUGAGCAACAAGGUGCGGCUGAUGAUUCUGUAUCAGGGCCGCCCGACGACCACGAUUGCCGUCGGAGAUCCGCUCACGUUCCGGCUCGAGUCCCAGGACGGGUACAGCCACGCGACGGACAUCUUUGCCACGAACGUCGUCGCCCGGGAUCCGUACUCCGGACGCAGCGUACAGCUGAUCGAUAACUAUGGCUGUCCGGUGGACAGUUUGGUGUUCCCGGAGCUCGGACGAUCGCGGGAUAACGAUGCCCUAGAAGCACGCUUCAACGCGUUCAAGAUACCGGAAUCGAACUUCCUCGUCUUCGAGGCGACCGUCCGAACGUGUCGCGGCGGCUGUCAACCGGCUUACUGUCCCGGACCGAGUGGUCGUUCCGAGCCCUCGUUUGGUCGCCGGAAGCGCUCGCUGGAGAACGGAACGGAGUUCGGUGGACCAGCCGCCGAGCCACUGAUCGGUGGCGGAAGCUCCCAGGCUGCCGGCGACGGCACCAACGAGGACGGCGAAGUGCUCGUCGUGAACGGCACCGUGGUGAACGGAAGUGCUUCAACGGUGAGGGCCAACUCGGGUGAUGCGUCGGCCGAAGCCAACGUCGAGGCAUCCAGCGCGAGCGGCGAGAUGCCGGAGCAGGUGCGCGAAAUGAUUGAGACACGGUCCUACCAUCACGCGCAGGUGUUUCAGUCGCGCGAGGAGAUGCAGCAGGACACGGUCGCACGGAAGAUGGUGGCCCCGGUCGAGUCCGUCUGCCUGACGCACGCCGAGUAUUACGGACUGCUAAGUGCCGUCGUGCUGCUGAUAAUUCUUCUGAUCAGCAUCACGUUCGCGGCCGGCAUCGGGUAUCGUGGCUACUGGAAGGUGUUCCACAAGAACCGCACCCUCGACCGCCACUCGCCGGUCAACUCGUUCAGCCCGUCGGCCCUGCACAACGUGUCCGGCAGCCAGUUCGAGGCUUCCGGACGGGUGUCGACCUCCACCACGGGCCGCCGUCCGCACGUUCGUACGCCCGGUGUGUCGCUGUUUGGCAAUGGUCUCCAGAAAACGUUCGCUACCGGCAACCUAUCGAGGAUGUGCCAGAUUCCCGUGAUGAACCCACUGUCCAGAAAUGGGGCCACCAAAAGUGACUUCGACGACCCGAGUGAACCGAUCUACACCGACCCGUCGCUUUUUGAACGAUCACGAUCGCUGCGCUCUAUCGCCGUCGAUCAAACGGAAGAUGCCAACAAUGUCUGA